AUGGCAGAUAUACAGACAUGUCCCAGCCUUUCAAGGGCUUCUGUCGAAGAGGCUGCCCGCCGCAUCAAUGGAAAAGUUCAUCGUACACCAGUCCUCUCGAGUCGCUAUAUCGACAGUGUCGCUAGCACUCCUCGAACGACCGACGAGUUAAUAGGAACCGAGUGGGAGGGGCAAGAGCUAGCUAGACCUCGAAUGCACAUACUGUUCAAGUGCGAAAAUUUGCAAAAGAUCGGUGCCUUCAAGCCUAGAGGCGCGUUUAACUCUACACUUCGAUUUCUCGAAGAACAAGAAAAGUCUCAGCAGGUAGCUGCCUCCGCCGAUCAGCUUCCAGUGCGUAUUAUCAGCCAUUCGUCAGGAAAUCAUGCUCAAGCUGUAGCUCUUGCCGCUGGUGAGCUUGGUUUAGCUGCACAUAUCGUGAUGCCGUCCGUCUCCAUGCCGGCCAAGAUUGCAGCAACCCGAGGCUAUGGUGCAACAAUACAUUUCAGUGGCUCCACGCCCCAGGAGAGAAUGGCCGUGGUGGAAAAGUUGAUAAGUGAGCCGGGGUUUAGGAAUGUCUUUAUCCCACCAUAUGACCAUCCCGAUACUAUUCUUGGCCAAGGAACUCUGGGACUUGAGCUUCAAGAACAAGCAGCAGAACUUCUUGCUCCCAACAAUAAAUUGGAUGGGAUUAUGGCCCCCUGCGGCGGCGGUGGCAUGCUUAGUGGAGUGGCUUUAAGCUGCCAGGGCACCGGUAUCAACGUGUUUGGCUCCGAGCCUUCUUUCGAAGGAGCUGAUGAUUGCCGGCGCGGUCUUCUUGCUGGGAAAAGAAUUGAAGUGGUUCGCAGUACGACAAUCGCCGAUGGUCUACGAACUCCUGUCGGAGAAAUACCUUGGUCUGUGAUCAGUGAUAAAAAGAACGUACAGGGGUUGUUUGCCGUUACAGAUGACCAGAUUCGCGAUGCACUUGAACUUGUUUUGCAAAGGAUGAAAAUUAUGAUUGAGCCGAGCUCUGCUGUCCCUCUCGCUGUGGCACUUUAUAACGAAGAUUUCCGGCGCAUUAUCGAGAAUGAAUGCAAGAAUGGGCGUGUCUACAAUCUCGGUGUUGUGGUCAGUGGUGGAAAUGUCGAUGUGAGGCUAUUGCCUCAGCUACUAAAGCCUAUAAGGCCAGGCCGCGAUGCCGUGGAUGCGAGAAGCUGGGUCUGUCUUGCCAAUAUGGAAUUCGUCUUCAAUGGGUUGAGGAUUCCAUUGCUCGUGGCAUCUGCCACGGACGACAGCGUCAACAUUCCUGGCACGUCAAGAUCCAAGACUCCUACCUUUUUCAUGAACACAUUUAGUGGUGACGUCCUUCACUAUGUCCAAGUUACUCAUCCUCGGUCCCAAGAUUGCCAUGCACCUCAUUAUAUUGAUGUGGAUAUCUUGUCGGAAAAGAGUAAAUUUCAUGAAGAGGACGAAUUCCAGUCCCCCUGUGUCGCUCGACCAAAAGAUAGCGAGCUGGGAAGACACUCACUGGCCAGUUCCGAUAAGUUCGGAGAUAUAAUGCAAGACUACCGUUCUCGUUCAUCUCAGCAGCUUAAUCCAGCGAGUACGAUACAGUUUCUUGAUGAGUCUGAUGGCUAUAUUCUCCAAUUUUAUGAAAGGGUCGUGUGCUCGAAGAUGUCACUUCUUGAUAAUGAAAACCACAACCCGCAUCGCUUCCUCGUUAUGCCGAUGGUAUUCUCUUCGACAAACAUCCUCAGUGCCGUUCUUACUGUGGGAGCGACAAAGUUAUCUUUUAUCGAUACCCGCUUUCACCAAAAGGCCCUGUUCCAUCGGCAGCAGACAUUGAUAAAUCUUGCAGACACGCUACAACAUAUUGGGAGUGGCCUGGCAAAUUACCUCGAGGCAUUGACUUCAACACUGCUUCUUUGCUGGUCUGAUAUCAGCGAUUCUUGUCGCUCGAGUUGGACAAAACACCUCAUGGGCCUCGCUGGCAUUCUGAAUGCUUGCCCGGAACAAGCAGACCAUGAUCCACAUGCGUCAAAACUUAUACGAGCCUGCAGACAAUAUUUGGUUUAUCACAUCAUUAUGACCAAAGCUACCUUUUGCGACAAUAGCAUUUUACCGAACUCAAAGUCUACAUUAUCCAACUUUCUUAGUUACGGGGAACUUACAAGUGACUGUGACGGAAAAUAUAGUCAAGAAAUGCUUUUUCCCGAGCAAGGGUCGUGGAACACACCUGAGAAACCUCGGCUCCUAUCCAUUGGGGCACUUGAAGACCUAGACCACAUUGACACUCAUCAAGGGUUUAGCAAUUCUCUCCUCCUCCUCGUUAAUGAUAUUUGUGAUUUAGUUGAGUACCGGGAUACUCGUGAUCCAAAUCAUACAGCACAUGUUACCCAGCGGGUAUAUCAACUCGAAAACAGCCUACAAAAUCUAGUCCAGCUCCAGCCAGAGGGCAUGUAUGGACAAAUUGGGAGUCAGAAUAUGACUCAAGAUGAGAAGUCGUCCAGCACUCAAUCUCCACAACGUCGGCUCCAGUCCAUCAUGGCUACGGCGGAAGCAAAUCGUUUAGCGGCUUUCCUCUUCCUUCAUGAGACCUGCGCCCUACACUUCCCAGAGAUAACCCCCAAGUUCCAGGCGAGCCGUUCUGAUUAUAUACAAAAGAUCCUCUCACUGGUUGAGGCAAUUUGCAAUGAACAUGUGACUGCAGCUCUUCCUAUUUGGCCUGUAUUCAUGGCUGGAUUUUGUACAGGUGAGGAGAAUCGAGUCCGAAUUCUGAAUAUUUUAGACAAGUUUCAGGGUCAACGACUUUUUGGAAGCAUUCCACCUGCUUGCGCAGCUAUUGAACAUCUUUGGAAGCAGCGAGAUUUGAGUGCCGAUGAGAACCCACGAAAUCAUCUUCCCACAUUAUCUUCGCUUGCUCUUUCGCAGACAAUGGGCCCGAAACGCUCCAGGAACAAACAAUUGAAGUAUUUGCAGACUCGGGCGAAAAAUUCAGGUGUCGUGGAAAUGCAAUAUCCCUGGGAACAAGCAAUUUCUAUGCUCAAGGGUUCCAUCUUGAUUUUGACAUGA